ACGACCCACACGCAUAUACACGUUCUUUUGUAAAACCCUAAUUGUAUCUCCUUCUCCUCCUCCUAUACGCUUCUUCCUUCUAAACAAUCUCCUGUACUCUUCUCCUUUCCCAAUCCGUCAUCGAAACCCUCAAGGGUUUUGUUCCAUGGGAUUUUUCGGCGACCGGGGCAUGUAAAAUCUAUUUGUUUGAUUUUCUAGCAAGGGAGUGCACGAUUUUGACUAAUAGGUUGUUGCACGUUUAAAUCCAUUGGCGAUUAGGGUGUGUAGUUGCAUUUCUUGCAACCUACAGUUUUGGCGAUGACACUGUAGCGCUAAUUGGGGUUGUGUAUCAUCGGAUUAUUUGACGACUUUAGGGCUUAAACCCUAAAGAAUUUUGGUAUGAUCAGGUAAAAUGGUGUUGCCUUCAGAAAUUUGGUAUCGAGCAUCAAGAAAUUCGGUAUGAUCAGGCAAGAGGCAAGAUGGUGUUGCCAUCAGAACCUAAAAGGUCACCCCAAAUUAACAAAUCAUGUCGUUAACAUUUAGUCAAAGUGUAAAGUUGAGAGCAGGUGUUAACAAGAUCUCUAUGCUAAGCAUUUCUGUGGGCCUUGCGAAUGUGGGCAUGCAUUUUGAGACCUAUAAUGUGGGAAUUCUAGGACCAAUAACCUUGAAGGGGUUAAAUGAGGGUACAAGAGACUUGACAAAGCAACAAUGGUCUUACAAGCAGGUUGGUUUAAAAGGUGAAACGUUGAGUCUCGAUACACUUGAUGGGAGUUCGUCUGUUGAGUGGCUACAAGGAUCCCUUGUGGCUCAAAAGCAACCUCUUACUUGGUACAAGACUACUUUUAACGCUCCAGAAGGAAACGAUCCACUAGAUUUAGAUAUGAAUGGCAUGGGAAAAGGUCAAAUAUGGAUCAAUCGUGAGGGCCUCGGGAGAUACUGGCCCGCAAACAUAGCUCAUGGUAAUGAAAACAAAUGCAAUCGCUAUUGUGGAGACCCGUCUCAAAGAUGGUACUACUUAAUGUAUGGACACUUAGAGAACUUAGAUGAAGAAAUAAAAAGAAGGAGUUGCGACUUUCAUCUGUUGAAGGAGUUGAAGCGAAAUUAUGCGGGGUUCUAGAAACAUUAAAUGAAGAGGUGCUUGGGAAAAUGAUUACGCCACCAAAGAGGGGCGUACCAGUAAUUACAAGAAAUGACCUCUUUGAAGGGAAAUGCUUUCGGGUUUCCAACAUGAUUUGGUAUGUUGUCUGGUAUUCCCUUUAUUUUCUAAUUAAUAUUACAUAAAGAACCAAUGAGUCGAACAUGUUUUAAGUAUAUCACAAGCACGUCUCUGCAUUGUUGUCAAUAUUCUGCUAUAAUAAAAAUCGAUACCGGUGUUCGUUUUAAUAUGCAGUCAUGUAUAUUACAUGCGUGGAGAUGCAUAGAAAGAAGGCAAAAAUGAUGCUAUAGGUAAGCAUUCAUUAUACUUCACCCUUAAUUAAGAACGGCCUCUUUUAAAUAUAUUAAAAUUUUGAGGAUAACAAGCAGUUUUAGCAUUUCGAACAAAUUAAACCAUUGAUUGCAAAUUUGAUUUAACAAAACUAACCAUCGACUAAGCAAUGGGUCUAAGUAUUUGAACAAAUCAGAUCAUUGAUUGGGCAAAUCUGACCAGAGAUGAUGAAAACAUCUUUUAUCAUAGUGUUUAAAAGUUAUUGAGUUAAAUUAUUAUCUCAUUUUUUAGUAUUCUUAACAAUGAAGACCCUUGCAUAUGUGAUACACGUACAUUACGCAUUGGCUUUUGGUGAUCAACAGAUUGAUGUUUUCGCUCUGACAAGGUUUAGUUUUUGUUACUUUCCUCUUCUAAUUGGUUGAAGAUCUUAAAUUGCAUGUCUGCAUCUCAUGUGUUCGAUAGUAUGUUAUUGUUUUGUUCGUUGUUUGAUGGAUAUGAUUUGUUAUAUAUUCGGUCAAUGAUAUCCCUAUGAACAUGUAUUUUGCAGCCCUGAAGUUAUGCAGUUGUCGCAUUUACACUAACGUCUGUGGUAUGAAGGUUUGGGAUUCUGACCAGACUUCAAUUAAUUCCGACGAGUUCUGUGGUAUUCCCCGUUUUUCUUGUGUGUUUUACUUUUAGAUUGGAUCCUCACGAGUUUUAAUUGAUGGAAUGUGUGUUGGACAUAAAUGAAACCGGUUAGACUCUUUGAUAAAUUAAUUAUUUUUUAAUGUGUGUUUUACGAUUAGCGACAUGAAUUACAUGCAUUGGUGGUUUUGUAUAAUUUAACCAGAUAGUCUCUUUGAUGAUUUCUUUGAUAUGUUUUAUUUUGUAACAGAUGAAUCAGCAGAUAAAGAAAUGAGGAGAUAUAUAAAAGCUUCAAGUGAUGUUAUAAAAAUCAUUGAUAAGCUAUAUAUUUCUAGAAAGAUUACAUGGAUUGGUGAUUUUGUAUAAUUUAAGAUGGGUGAGUCAGAUUAUGCACAAAUCACAAUCUUGAAUUGAUUUCAUGUGAAAGUUGUAAUAAUCCUGUCUAGCAAACCACUUUUUCUUCUUACAUAAUUUUUUCUACUUUGUUAUGUAGUUGUGUAAAGAUCACUUUUGAUUCUUUAUAUAGUCGGACUUCUUAA